AUGUAUUCUCAGAUUCCGACUAUUUUCUCCGAAAAAAUUUCUCCGGAAGCAAGAGAAAAAAUCGCUCAAUGCAAGGACUUUGUGGAAAGAUAUUGCAUUCCUGCUGACAAGAUCUAUUUGGAACAGAUUAGCCCUGACAGAGAGAAAAGAUGGAAAGAAGUACCCGAAAUAAUAGGAAAGCUCAAAAUUGAGGCUCGUAAAAGGGGUCUCUGGAACAUGUUUCUCUCCAACAAGUACUCUGAAGGUGCUGGAUAUACCAACCUAGAGUAUGGAUGUAUGGCUGAGCACUUGGGAAGAUCCAUUGUAGCACCCAGUGUGACCAAUAACAAUGCACCCGAUACUGGUAACAUGGAGAUCUUGGCGCGCUAUGGUACAAAAUCGCAGAAGGAAAAAUGGUUAAAUCCAUUACUAGAUGGUGCAAUUCGCUCGGCCUUCCUCAUGACCGAGAAGGGAACUUCAUCUUCUAAUGCAUUGAACAUUUCCUGCUCGGCCAAAUUGAACAGCCGUGGAAAGUAUGUUAUCAAUGGUGUUAAAUGGUUUGCUUCGGGCUCCGGCGACCCAAACUGUGCUGUGUGGCUUGUGAUGUGCAAGACUGAUUCUUCUAAGAGCACCCCGUACGCAAAUCACACUGUGUUGUUAAUUGAUUCCAAGCGGGCUUUGGCAAGUGGGAAGGCAAAACUUGUUCGUCCUUUAACAGUUUUUGGCUAUGAUGAGGCGCCUCAUGGACAUUGCGAAAUUGUGUUUGAAGACUACGAAGUAACUGAUGCCGAUAACAGUGAGAUCAUCCUUCAUAAAUUAGGCGGAGGCUUUGAAGUGAUCCAGUCCCGGCUCGGCCCGGGUCGUAUCCAUCAUUGCAUGCGUACAAUUGGAGUUGCAGAGCAGGCUUUACUUACAGUUGCCCACAGAGCAAACAAUCGAUUGAUCUUUGGCACGAGAAUGAGCGAGCGGGAAUCGUUCAAAACUGCAUACUCGCAAUACAAAAUUGAUGUUGAGAAAUGCAGAAUCCUCGUACUAAAUGCGGCUCAUACAAUUGAUGUUAAGGGUCCUAAAGGCGCAAUGCGAGAGAUCGCGAUGGCUAAGAUCGAGGUUCCGAGAAAAGUGUUGCAAAUCCUUGACUGGUGCAUUCAGAUGUUUGGAGCUGAGGGUGUCUCGCAAGAUACGCCACUAGCAAGAGCUUACGCUGAGACUAGGACCUUACGGAUUGCUGAUGGUCCCGAUGAGGCCCACUUGGGUCAGUUGGCAAGAAACAACGCCAAAGACUUCCCGAAGAUCGAAAAAUAUUUCGAAGAACUUGAACAAAGUCGGCUUGAUGUCGCCAAAUUGUGA